CCGGCCCGGGGGAGGAACUGUUCUUACGGAAAGGCAUGGCAUGUGUGACAGGUCACACUGCUUUCACACACACACUACGCACGUUGACAGUGUGUAUUAAGGACAAGCUGACCGGCUUUGCUCAGUUUUUGCUUUAUUUAUUAAACUAAAGUGCAGUCAUGUCGGGAGCGUUAGCCAGGCUGCUCUUCUACCCGACGUUAGCCUAUAAUGUUGCCAUGGAGAAGGCGACGUCCAGACGGUGGUUUGACCGGGUGGACGAGACGGUGGUCCUCGGGGCGCUGCCGUUCAGAUCCAUCACCAAACAGCUGGUAGAAACAGAGAAUGUCCGAGGAGUUAUCACCAUGAAUGAGGAGUAUGAGACUAAAUAUUUCUGCAACUCAGCUGAGGAGUGGCAGUCAGCAGGGGUGGAGCAGCUGAGGUUGAGUACGGUUGACCUCACCGGCGUCCCCAGCCUGGAGAACCUGUGUCAGGGCGUGGAGUUCACCCUGAAGCACCGGGAGCAGGGCAGCAGCGUGUACGUCCACUGCAAGGCCGGACGCUCACGCAGCGCCACCAUGGCUGCUGCCUACCUCAUCCGGUUACACUGCUGUACUCCAGAGGAAGCGUGUCAGAAGCUGGCGUCUGUCCGUCCGCACAUCCUGGUGCGCUCCGCUCAGCUGGAGGUGCUGAUGAAAUAUUACCAACAGGUGUGUGAACAGUCCAGCUGAGAGGAUAGGACGCGGGUCGGACCUCAUCCUACAGCUGCUGGAACACUGGACUCGGAGCUUUGGACACUCCUCUGAAUCUACACCCACUGAAGAAAUGUAUUGCCUUUACAUGAGCUUUUACUGGGAAAUUAUGAAGUAACACAUUAACAAUGUACCAUACAUCAGUAAGCAGAAAACUGUUUUUUUACAAGAAAUAUAAAGCGAUUUUAUUUUUGUAUAGCCUUUAAUUACAUAAUGACUACCUGGUUUCUUGCCUCUAGCUAAAACAUAUAUACAUUUUCAUAUGGUGAAUGUAUGAAGCUUAGAAUUAUGUUAAAAGAACAAUUAACAUUACAUUUAAAAUAUCUGAGCCGCCUCCUGUUACAGAAACAAAUAUUUUCAAAUUCCUAAAACAAGCCAACAAUAAAAUAUUGUUAGACUGUGACUGUAAUAGGCUUAAUUGAGUUGUGUGCAUUAUGCAUGUUGUAGCCAGUGGCAGCUUUUACUUUGUUUACUGGAACAUGUUUUCUUUCAAUGCCUUCCGAAUAUUGACACAGUGAUGUUAAAUAAAGUAUUUGUGAGAUGAAA